AUGACAACCUCACAGGAUUAUGAUCAGACAGAUGAGCCGCUCUUGGUCUUCGAAACACCGUUGGAGCACCAGGUCAUCGGUGAAGAUGACACUGUACGAACUGAAAAUGCCUCGAUGAGUGACUGGGAGAGACGCAACAUCAUUGAGCGCACCAGCGGCAGCAUCCAUACUCGCGUUGAAUUGCUAUCCGUCAUUCAUGGAUCCUACAACGAAGGAGGAGACAAAGCCACGCUGAUGGUCUUCCGUUUCCGCUUUGACCCCCAGAAGAGCUCACGAAGAGUCAUCCGAGCCAAAGUCGAAAUCGAGUUCUCUACCACGGACGAUUCGUAUCUCGAGGUAGAUGCCAUCGCGCCUGAGGAACGCUGGACAGUGGUACCGACCACCGACACCGAGACGACAACACGCAGUGGCCAGUUAAACCUAGGUGCUUCAGGCGUACCAUUCCUCGAGGCCGGUGCUUCAGCAAGCUUGGAGAAGUCGUACACCAGGGAUGUCAGUGGCGCAACCACAAUUACAGGCAGCAUCAACCUCGGCAGCGGGAAGAACUCGGGCGAUUCUACAGUAGCAGCGUGGAAUCUGCAGGAGAACGAGCGCCGUAAGACGGGCGUGCCGGAUUCAGUAACGACUGCGAUUCUGGUGCGACGAGCUGGCGAUGAGCGCUUUAACGCUGAGGUUACACUGCAAGCUGACGUUGACUGGGUCACUGGGUGGGAACGCAGGCUUUCGAAGAUUCCAUUGGAUGAUCCGAUUCUUUUCAAUCCCAGAGAGACAGGGGGGUCUGGCAAGAAGGGGAGGUCUUACGGUGCCAAAGACUUGGCGAGUGUUGAUUUGAACGAAUUGUGUAAAGUGAGGAUGGCAGUUGAGGCACCAUUUGCCGUUAAAUAA